GCUCCUGGGACCGGCAGGCGCGCGGGCGUUUGUGGCUGUCGCAGUGGCCGCCGCCGUCGCUUGGUCGCCGUCAAACUGCGGGAGGCGGGUUAUGGCGGCGGCGGCAGUGGGAGCUGUGAAUGAAUUCCCCAGGUGGACGAGGGAAGAAGAAAGGCUCCGGCGGCUCCAGCAGCCCGGUGCCUCCGAGGCCUCCGCCCCCCUGCCUGGCCCCCGCCCCUUCCGCCGCCGGGCCGGCCCCUUCGUCCCGGUCGCCGCAUAAACGGAACCUGUACUAUUUCUCCUACCCGCUGUUCGUGGGCUUCGCGCUGCUGCGCUUGGUCGCUUUCCACCUGGGGCUCCUCUUCGUGUGGCUCUGCCAGCGCUUAUCCCGCGCCCUCAUGGCCGCCAAGAGGAGCUCCCGGCCAGCGCCAGCGCCAGCCCCAGCCUCGCCCCCGUCGCCUGUGCCGGGCGGGGAGGCCGACCGCGUCCGAGCUUUCCACAAGCAGGCCUUCGAGUACAUCUCCAUUGCCCUACGCAUUGAUGAGGACGAGAAAGCAGGACAGAAGGAGCAAGCUGUGGAAUGGUAUAAGAAAGGUAUUGAAGAACUAGAAAAAGGAAUAGCUGUCAUAGUUAAAGGACAAGGUGAACAAUGUGAAAGAGCUAGGCGCCUUCAAGCUAAAAUGAUGACUAAUUUGGUUAUGGCCAAGGACCGUUUACAACUUCUAGAGAAGCUGCAACCAGUUUUGCAAUUUUCCAAGUCACAAACGGACGUCUAUAAUGACAAUACUAACUUGACAUGUCGCAAUGGACAUCUCCAGUCAGAAAGUGGAGCUGUUCCAAAAAGAAAAGAUCCCUUAACACACCCUAGUAAUUCACUGCCUCGUUCAAAAACAGUUAUGAAAACUGGAUCCACAGGUCUUUCGGGCCACCACAGAACACCUAGUUGCAGUGGAUUAUCAAUGGUUUCUGGAGGGAGACAAGGGCCUGGCCCUGCCACUGCAACUCAUAAGGGUACUCCAAAAGCAAGUAGAACAAAUAAACUUUCUACCCCUACAACCACUACUCAGAAAAAGAAAGACUUGAAGAAUUUUAGGAAUGUGGACAGCAACCUUGCUAACCUUAUAAUGAAUGAAAUUGUAGACAAUGGAACAGCUGUUAAAUUUGAUGACAUAGCUGGGCAGGAGUUGGCAAAACAAGCGUUACAAGAAAUUGUUAUUCUUCCUUCACUGAGGCCUGAGUUGUUCACAGGGCUUAGAGCUCCUGCCAGAGGAUUGUUACUUUUUGGUCCACCUGGAAAUGGAAAAACAAUGCUGGCUAAAGCAGUAGCUGCAGAAUCCAAUGCAACCUUCUUUAAUAUAAGUGCUGCAAGUUUAACAUCAAAAUAUGUGGGAGAAGGAGAGAAGUUGGUUAGAGCGCUUUUUGCUGUGGCUCGAGAACUUCAGCCUUCUAUCAUUUUUAUAGAUGAAGUUGACAGCCUUUUAUGUGAAAGAAGAGAAGGAGAACAUGAUGCUAGUAGACGGCUAAAAACUGAAUUUCUAAUAGAAUUUGAUGGCGUACAGUCUGCUGGAGAUGACAGAGUACUUGUUAUGGGUGCAACUAACAGACCACAAGAGCUUGAUGAAGCUGUUCUCAGGCGUUUCAUCAAACGUGUAUAUGUAUCUUUACCAAAUGAGGAGACAAGGCUACUUUUACUUAAAAAUCUAUUAUGUAAACAAGGAAGCCCAUUGACCCAAAAAGAACUAGCACAACUCGCUAGAAUGACUGAUGGAUACUCAGGAAGUGAUCUAACAGCUUUGGCAAAAGAUGCAGCACUGGGGCCUAUCCGAGAACUAAAACCAGAGCAGGUGAAGAAUAUGUCUGCCAGUGAGAUGAGGAAUAUUCGAUUAUCUGAUUUCACUGAAUCCUUGAAAAAGAUAAAACGCAGCGUGAGCCCUCAAACGUUAGAAGCAUACAUACGUUGGAACAAGGACUUUGGAGAUACCACGGUUUAAGGAAGUAGAACAUUUUAGUUACCAAGAAAACACGAUCUUCAAUGAGCAAUUAGUUACCAGCCAUGGAAAAUCAACCUAAGUUUACAGGACUUCUCAGUCUUACAGUUUAUUUGUGCACUAAACUUGAAGAUGAACCAUAAAACAAAUUUAAAUAAAAUAUACAAUGCAUAUAGAAUAUUUUGUUGUUUAAGGCCUCCUUGCCUCUAUGGUCAUGAUUACUACAAUGGGCACUGUUAAGAGCACAACAAGAACUGAUGAUGGUCUUCUCUACCAAUAUAAUUGUAAUGUAAAUAAUCAUUUGUAUAUUGUGUUGCAGAUGAAAGUAUUACAGAGAGAGUGAAUAAUAGAAGACACAAGAGCAUUUUGUUUGUCUUCUGAUGUCUUUUCUCAAUAUAAUCGCAUUUUUCCUAUUUGCCUUUCCUACUGUUGUCUUAACUAUGGAUUAUUGGAAUGCCAAACACAAGAAGUUUCACUGUUGUUUUUUCUUCUCUUUUUACAAAUUGAUUGUGCCAAAUGAAAAGUUUUCCUAUGUCAUGUAGGAAAAAGUAUUUUGAGGGUUUUUUCUUCUUCAUAAAUAGCCACACGUUAAAUUGUUGUGUUCAUUUUAAUUUGUUUUUCUAUCACCUUGCUACCAAACAAUUUAGAAAACAUUGUGAUAGCAACAAAGCAAAUCUGGUAAAACAGAAGAGUUGAAGGUUUAAACGAGUUGCUCUGCCAUACCUGUGUAGACCAAUCCUCAUGUGACCUGCAGUAUUUUUUUCUUUUACUUGUCAAAAAUCUAUUGUAGACUGUUAACUUAUUCCUGAUAGGGAAUUUAUUUUCUGCUAGAAUUACUCUUAAACUUAACCAAUUUAACCACUCUAAAAGUGGUUCUAGUGCAAGAGGAAGGAAAUAAGGAGAGCUAAGAUGUUUCUAAUUUAUUACUUAACAACUUUCUUACUGUUUACAGGAAUAAUUAUAAGCCAAUAGAACUACCAUCUUUUUUUCUUGGUAAUUAUUAAUCUCUUCAAUGAAACUUUAAAAAGUUACUGAAUUUUUAUACAUUGCAUACAUUUUAUAGGUUUCUUGUCCUCACUUUAUUAACUCAAAAGUUCUAGUUUAUCAGUCUGCUCUUUGUUCCCCCAAAAUGUACAGUAAUUCCGUUUCUUGUUUGUAUACAUAUGCUUGGAUUUUUAUUAUAAAAAUGUCACUGUAGGAAUUAGACACUCAUAUCAUGGCCUUUUAAAUAUUAUAAAAGGCAAAUGGAUAUUUGCCCUUAGUUUACUGG